AUGGCCGACACGCACUCGCCGCUCGUCCUGCCUGCGCCUCCACCGCCGCCGCCGCCGGCCGCCGUCGUCGCCGACCACGGUCGCCCGGCGUCCAUCGCCUCGGACGGGUCAGCGCAGACCCUCCGCCCGAAUGCUGCUGCCGUCGAGCAUGCGGCCGAGCUCAAGGAGGUCAACGUCGACGACCUGACGCGCGAGAUCUCCGACCUCUCUACCCUCGUCACGUCCCUCUCGAGCGACCUGUCGACCCUCCUCACCCAGCGCGACAGCCUCAUCGCCUCGAGCCCGCUCGCGACGCCGACGCACCUCGCCGCCCUGCGCACGUCGACCACCUCGCUCGGCGACGCGCUCGUCGCCGUCCUCCCCUCGGCCCUGCACAGCACGUCGCUGCGCCUCGCGCGCCUCGAAGCCCUCGCGCAGCAGGGCGCCGUCGCCGCGCUCGACGCCGAGCUGCGCACGCUCCGCGAGGGCUUGCUCACGGCGCAGGGGGACGCGGGCCGGAUCGAGAAGGACGUGAGGGCGGCGGCGUGGGACGAGGUGGACGCGAGGGAGAGCGCCAAGCGGCGCCUCGAGGAGAGGGUGAGGGCGGAGAAUGCCGGGUUGGGCGAGGAGCAGGUGCUCGAGGCGGUGAGGAGCGCUUUCGUCGAGGCGCAGAAGAGGGUGGCUCGGCUAGAUGUCCUGAGCUACGCAGGGUGGGUCGCGCUCGAGAACCCGGCGACCGAGUUGGCGCAGCUUCUCGACGAAGCGGGCGACGCUCGCUCGCUCGCGCGCACGGACACGCGCUUCUCGGCUGCGACGACGCUCGUCGACCCGUUCGCCGACCCAGGCGGUGCGACCGGCGACGGCUACGGCUACGACAAGCCGGAGAACGAGCACGACCUCGGCCUUGGCGGCGAGGACGGCGAGCGGCAGCCGCUGGCGAGAAUGGCGACGAGCUCGACGGGCGGUCCGAGCGGGCGAGGGGACGAGGAGGCGCUCGUCGGCGGUGCGAGCGGCGGCAGGCAGAGAAAGUUUGGCCGGUGGAUGAUGCUGCAGAUGCACUGGAGGGACUACCUUCUUCGCCUCGGCCUCCUCUUCUGCUCGGUCGGGCUCGUCGUCGGCGUCGUCGUCUACCAGUCGAUCGCGCAGCAGCGGCAGAACGAGGAGGCCCUGUCGUCCCUCUCGUCAGAUCCUUCCCUCCCUGCCGCCACCUCGUCGUGA